CUUUAUAUAACUAUUACAGGGCAGUUGAGUCCAAGACCUAUCGCGCAUUGUUGUGACAGAGUGUCUUAGAGGGUAGGCUGCGUGUUGGCUCGAGCCAGAUGAGAUGGGCAGGUCAACUUGAGGGUGUCUUGAAUGGCAGAACCCAGUGGGCACUUCUUCACAGAAGAUGCUGCAAGAAGGCUGUAGCCUGUUGAAACGUUCUCAGCUUGAAGGUAGAUGGCUCCAACCGCGCGAGAGUCCGAGCGGUACAAUCCUUUGCGAAAGCUUCGUAUCAUUUGGCUGAGUUUGCAACACCUGUGUGUUUUGGACAAGGUGUUCCUUUCAGUGCUUUUCCCCUUUGAACUUGUGGCCUGGCUCUUCGAGCUCUCCACGGCUUCUGCAGCUCUUUGGCUCACAUACCAACACCUUGUGAGCAUGCUUCUUUUCCGCUUCUACUUUGGAGAGUUGAGCAUAAGAGAUCCGCACAACGUGCUUACGGGGAAGCUUGGCCACAGGUUAAUCUUUUGCUCGAAUCAUCCUACUGGACUUCUUGAUCGGCUGCUCAUCCAGUACGUCUCUCCCUUCCCCUGCUUUUGCUUGACCCAAAACUGGUUCGAGUAUACCAACUACUUGGAGAUGUGUCUUCACAUCACGCAAGGUAUGUCUUUUGACCACAUUGUGGAACGCCUGAGGGCAGGUACUGCCAUCUGGGUGGCUGUGGGUGGCGCUCGAGAAAUGCAUCCCCACAUUCGGAAGGUGCACACUGGACCGGUGCGGAUUGCGAUGCAGUGCGGCGACGUUUGGUUGGUGCCAAUCCACUUGGCUUUCGAAGCUCACUGCCAGGUUGGGACAGCAGUGCUGGUGGAGGUAGGUGAGCCUUGGAAGAUUGCCAGGGAGGACCCGACUUCCAUUCAUGGUCGCGAAAUGGUCCGAGCUUUGACGAAAGUUUUGGAAGAGAGGUUGCUACCCUUGACCAAUUGGAUGCCUGUCAGCCAGGAUGACUUCGGAAAAAAGGGAUGGAGGGGUGCUGGUGAGACUAGGGUGGCAAUUGUUGAAUGGUCCAAGGUUCGUGUCAUCGAUUCGUUGAUAUGCCUCCAGCUGGUAGCGCAGGGCAGAACUAUCGCAUGGGCAGAACGGUUGGGCCGCGUCCGGCAAGCGGUGCAACGCACCAUGGAGCACCCCAAAGAGAAUGGGCUGGAGCAGACAAUGCUAGCUUUUCGAGACUUUGCUGAAGCCGCUGCCCGUCAUGGAGUCAAGGUAUUUCAGCCUCCUACUGGAACUUACUGGGAUGUGCCGGUUCUUUUGAAGGCGGUCCCCCGCACGAAUCCUGCAGACACCGGUGGUCCCUGGAGGCUGCCUGCGUUGCGGAAUUUUUCGCAUGGCUUGCACAUCUACAGCUCCUCAGCUCUAAACAGAGAAGACGAUUCUGGGCUCAAUGUGGCCUUCAGGAAUCUCAUGGAGGCCUCUAAGCCUCUCAUGGCUUUGAUCAACAGUGAUGAGACAAAAAGAGAUCAGCAACCAUGA